AUGCAGGAGGAGCAGGCAGUGGGGCCUCUGCUGCCCGCGUGCACCCUGCUGCCCGCGCACGCCCUGCUGCCAGCGCCCCUCACUGCCCUGCGCCCCGCGUGCGCCCUGCUGCCAUGCAGCCCGCGCGCGCCUGCUGCCCACGCGCCCUGCAGCCCACGUCGCCUGCUGCCAGCGCGCCGCCUGCACGCUGUUCGCGCCUGCUGCCCGCACACUGCCAGCGCGCCGUCUACACGCUGUUCGCGUCACCUGCUGCCCGCACGCUGCCAGCGCGCCGCCUGCACGCUGCCCGCGUCGUGCGCGCCUGCUCUGCCCCGCGCGCGACUGUUCUGCCCAGCGCGCUGCCUGCUCGCUGCCCGCGCCGCGCGCGACUGCCCUGCCCUGCCCGCGCGCGUGCGCCCUGCCCCGCAAGCUUACCCUGCCCUGCGCUGGUGCCCUGCACGCGUGACUGCCCUGCCCUGCCCGCGCGCGUGCGCUCUGCCCCGCGCGCUUGCCCGGCCCCACGCUGUUGCCCUGCACGCGCGACUGCCCUGCCCUGCCCGCGCGCGUGAGCCCUGCCCGGUGCGCCUACCCUGCCCCGCGCUGCUGCCCUGCACGCGCAAAUGCCCUGCCCUGCCCGCGCGCAUAAGCCCUGCCCCGUGCGCCUGCCCUUCCCCGCGCUGCUGCCCUGCACGCGCGGCUGCCUUGCCCUGCCCGCGCGCGUGCGCCUUGCCCCGCACGCCUGCCCUGCCUGCGCGCGACUCCCCUGCCCCGCGCGCGAACGACUGCCCUGCCCCCGCGCGCCUGCUCUGCCCGCCCGCUAUUGCCCUGCCCACGCGCAACUCCUGCCUUCGGCGCUGCCGCUUCCUGCCGCCCUAG